CGUUGACAGGUCUUGAUGACAAACAGCUGCGCGUAUUCCAAGAUGCUACUCGUCCAGGUCCACAGCCAAUGCCAUAUGCAGGCUUCACUCAUUGUUGCAAUAUUCGAUGCCCUCAUCGACCGAUUUUAGAAGAAGAAAAAUGGCUAGAAUUAUCAAGCAGAAGGCUUGUAUAGCCUGUACAGAAUCAAAACGCCGCUGCGACAAGGGAGCGCCCUCGUGUAGCCGCUGCGAUGACAGGGACAUAGACUGCCGAUACCCUGCAACACAGAGACGGCGGCAUCUUCAACGUCAGGGACCGUUCCCCGAGCCUCCCGCACCACAGCCCGACCUGAACACGAUGGCGGACACGUUGACAUUCGAUGCCGCAAGUCUCGUGACUGGUGCCUGGAGCAUGCCGUGGACGGGCCUGGAUUUCGCCCCGAGCCCGCAAGCCGCCUCGGGAUUCGCCGCACCGCAACUCCUACCCGCGAGAAGCCCGCCACAGCCCACGACCCAGACUCACAUCCCACAGCACGCCAAGAACCCAGUUGCGUCUUCGCUCGACGAGAGCAAGUGGUUCCUCACUCCCUCGACAUGGAGCAUCGAGCACUAUCCCACCCCGUCCCAGGCCAGCUACCCUGUCUCCGUGAUGACCAACUUCAACCGAGGCCAGCAAGCCUGGGUCCGGCGCUGGGUCACGGAAGGCCACAACCCCUUUAUCCACCGCAGCCUCUACGUCGAGAGCGGCCAUCUCCCCAAGUGCAUCCAGGACGCCUUCACCACGGCCUCGGCGUACUACGCCAAGACGUCGCUGAAUGAAACAUUCGUCUACCGCGUCCUCGACGAGCGCGCCACGGCCCUCGUGGCCAGCCAGCCUGCUGUCAGCGUCGAUGGCACGCCCUCCGCCACGGUGCUUGAGACGAAAGACCAUCUGGCCCGCGUCCACGCAUUAUACGUGUACACCGUCAUCCGCCUGUAUGAUGGCUCCGUGAGCCAGCGCGCCGCCGCCGAGGACCUUUUACCCACUCUGGAACUUUGGUGCAAACAGCUCUGGGAGUCCGCCCUCGCGGACGUGGACUCUAUUUCGCAGGCCUGGAUGCCCCCGUCCUCCGAGUUCUACCCGAGUAACCCCAGCCUCUCAGCCUCCCAGCAAGUCGCCACCUCGGCCGCUGCCGCUGCGGCGGCGGCGGCGGCAACAGAGGACAUCAGUGAUCAGCAUGCACGUCAAGAUACGUUUGAAACGGACCUCAUGGUCUGGAAACUCUGGGUUCUCUCCGAGUCUAUCCGCCGUACAUGGAUCCUCGUAUCGUGCGCCAUCGGCAUCUACUACGCUCUCAAGGGCCGCUGGGGCGAGUGCGCCGGCUACGCUCAGUUCACCGCCCGAGCCGGGCUGUGGGACGCGAUGUCGGCGCCCCAAUGGGCGGCUAUGCGUCGCAAGGAUUUGGCCCGGAAAGACGGCAACCCUGCCCUCGCCGGAGACACGGAGCCAGACUUUUUUAUACCUUCAGUCCACGGAGAAAGGCUCUUGCGGGAGGUGGCGGCGGCAGAGGUGGACGAGUUCACGAGGCAUGUUUUAACCGCCAUGUGGGGAAUUGACAGAGUCGAGGACUGGGCUUUGAGGACAUCUUCGAAGGGUAAGGUCAGCUUGAUCUAUUGAACAAACAAAGUAGCCCGGGCAGUUAGCGAUCCAAGGAAGCACAGCCGUGUAACUUGUAUGAACCCAAGAGGUACUCUUCCCUCAGCAAAGUCGGCAGUCUUGUCCACGUUAUAUGCACAGCAAUGCCCACGUUAGACAAGACUAGUCUGACUCGCCUCCAUGACGCUCGAGUUAAUGGCCGCGCACAGGGUCUUCGAAAGAAAUUUAUAAGAACGCAAUAUGUAGGGCCAGGGUAUCUCCGGAUUGAGUCGCAGCAGCAGCAGCAGCAGCAGCAGCAAUGACGUACGAAAAAAACAGCUUCCAUUUAUUUUCAAGGC